CCGACGCAGUAGUGUUUCGAUUAUCGUCGUGGAAACAAUGUGAAGCCCAGGUUUCAAUUAUCUGUUUGUGUGUGUGCAUGUGUUUGUGAAUGAUUAAUAUCGUGUAGUGCAGAUCGUUAUUUAGCAGUGUUUCCUAACUCAACGUAAAACGUGCAACAAGCAACAAAGUUCCGAUUGGUGCAAGUGGUCGUUUUGUUGAAACGCAGGCGUGAACCGAGCCGCCGACACCUGAGGAUUGAAUUUCGGCCAGCAAUGGUGGCACCAUGGCCGAUCGUUCAGUGCAUUUGGGCGUGCCGCGCGGUGCUCGCGUCAGUUCGCCGUGUGCGUGAAGAUCGGUCGGGAGAUUUCUGUGCUGCCGGUGCCCGACGACAGCCGGUGUAAUAUUGUGCGUGUGGCUUCGUUCCGGUGCGUGCUGUGUUUGUGAUUGUAACUAGUGUUGGUGCGUGUGUGUGCGCGUGUAUGUGUGCGGGUGUGUUUGCAUGUGCUCGUAAGGUGAAAAGUUAGUGAGCUCGUAGUGUCGCGCCGGCUGUUACCCAUUCCCCGGUGGUGGUGGUGGUGGUGUGUGAGUUCGGUACUCGGGGAGGCCACGGAGGUGUCAGUGCACUGGAUGGUGUGAUAGAAAGGGGGAAUUUCCCAACAAUUGCUACGAUGGAAUUGCGGUACCGGCCCGUGUCGGUUGUUCGGCUGAUGCUGCUGCUGCUGAUGGUUGGCGGCGGCAAGUGGGCGCACGUCAACUGUGAAGGAUUCAAAGCAGAUGUGCCGACUCACCUGGAGAAGGUGCUGGUCAACGAGACGGCCCAAAUCAAAUGCGACGUCUCGUCCAAUCUCACGAACGAUCGCAUCCUGCUAGUGGUGUGGUACAAGGACAAUGUGCCGAUCUACAGCUACGAUACACGUGGACCGCACGUCAACUCGCCGUCUCAUUGGAAGGAUGUCGCCAUCCUGGAAGAUCGUGCCAACUUCAAAACGACACGCGAGCAAAGCCGGGCGGUGCUGGUCAUCAGUCCUGUACAGAAAAAGGACGCCGGAAUCUUUCGUUGCCGUGUCGACUUUUUGCUAUCACCUACGAAAAAUAGUAACGUAAAUCUAGAAAUUGUGGUACCGCCCGAUGUACCGAAAAUUCAUAAUGAGGCUGGAGUCGUGCUUCCAUCCCACGCCGGACCCUACGAGGAGGGUGGCGAUCUGGUGCUGAUAUGCGUCGUCACUGGAGGCAAUCCUACGCCGAAGAUUACCUGGUCCAGCAACGGCAAGACGCUACCGAGUGCGAUGAUCGAUUAUGCACACGAAUCCACGCUCAGCAGCCGGCUCGUGGUGAGAAAUCUGUCCCGCGCCCACCAGCACAACGUGUACAGCUGUCAGGCGAGCAACUUCUACCGGAGAAACGUGACGGCCAACGUGACGAUAGAGCUGCGAUUACGCCCUCUGGCGGUAGAAAUCGUUAACGGCAGCAGCCCACUGUCGGCUGAUCGGCGCUACAUUGUGCAGUGUCAGUCGGUGGGUUCGCGACCUCCGGCCAAGAUUACUUGGUGGAUGGGUGGCGUACAGCUGACAGCGACCAACCAAACGACGUCCGAGGAUGGUAACAGCACACUGGCAUCGCUCAGCUUCACGCCGACCCGGGAGGACCACGGCAAAACGUUAAUCUGCCGGGCGACGAACGAGCUGGUGAAGCGGGGGACCAAGGAAACUUCGAUGAAAUUAAACGUCUUCUAUCUACCCACCCUGAAGCUGGAGCUCGGCAUCAACAUGAACCCGGAGGACAUCGAGGAGGGAGACGACGUGUACUUUGAAUGUAAAGUGAAUGCAAAUCCGUCUGCAUACAAAGUGGUCUGGAAGCAUAAUGAUCAAGUCGUACAGCACAAUUCCAAGUCGGGCGUGAUCAUGAGCAGCACCGCGCUGGCACUGCAAACGGUGACGCGUCACCAGGCCGGCAACUACACCUGCAUCGCCUCGAACGUGGAGGGUGACGGCGAGAGCAAUACGGUGGACCUGAAAGUGAUGUACAAGCCCAUCUGCCGGCCGGAUCAGAAGAAAAUCUACGGCGUCGCCCGGAACGAGGCGGCCGAGAUCCUGUGCCAGGUCGAUGCCUAUCCACCGCCGGAAUCGUUCAAGUGGUCCUUCAACAACACCGCCGAAACGAUCGAUAUGCCGCAGAGCGGAUACCGCGUGCACGCCGAGCAGGCCUCGUCACUGACCUACACCCCAGUAAAGGAGCUCGACUACGGUACGAUCAUGUGCUGGGCGGACAAUGUGGUCGGCCAGCAGAAGGAACCGUGCGUGUUUCAUCUGAUUGCGGCCGGCAAGCCCGAGAUGCCGUACAACUGUUCGCUCGUCAACCAGACGUCCGAGUCGCUGGAGGUCGACUGUGCCGAAGGCUUCGACGGUGGCCAACGGCAGUGGUUCGUGAUGGAAAUCUACGACCUGCAGUCGCACGCCCUGCUCGCCAACGUGUCCUCCAAGCUGCCAAUCUUCACCGUGAACGGGCUGGACGCCGGGCUGCUGCUCAAGAUCGUCAUCUACGCCACGAACAUGCGCGGCCGCAGCGAACCUAUCCUGCUGCAGGCGUACACCCUCAAGGCGGCAGAAAAGCAGACAGGACCGCAUGCCGAGUUCGAGCUGACGCCGAUCGUAUCGAUCGGGAUAUUUAUUGGCAUUUUAACGGUGCUUAUCUGCAUUAUAAUCGCGGUCGCGGCCGCCUUCAAGCUGCGGGCAACGCAGGCGAAACAGCACACCACCGCGACCACCACCACGGCCGGCGGCAAGCGGCCCGGUAAUCUGCCAAUUAAGGAGAAAAUCUCAUUACCGCUCAGCCAGUCGGAAGACAUGUACGACGAGAAGAACCCGGACGUUGUCCCAUCGAACGAGGAUCCCGAUUACAAAUUAAUAUCAGCAAAUCAGACACCCACAGCGCUGCAUAAUUCAUUAUGCAACAGCAAACAUGACAUUAUCGGCAGGACGAUACUAGACGAUAGCCGGAAAACGUACCUAACCGGGUCAGCUAGUGAAGUGCAUUACGCGGAGCUGGCCCUGGCAAUACCGCACGACGACACCGGCGGCAAAACGCACCUCAACAACCAUCUGAAUAAGCUGCCGCCGCCGCCGGCCUACAACUACUUCGACGAGCCGACGAUCUACGCCCAGAUCGACCACGGCGGCAGCUUCGGGAAGGGGGUGCCGCCACCGCCCACCCAAUCCCAUCCCGGGUCCACGAUAGGCGGGGUGGGGUCGACCGGCAGCUCCUCCUUCCCGCUAAUAUCACCGGUGUCGCAGCAGCAGCAGCACCACCACCAUCACCAUCCGCUCACGCUGCAGCUGCAGCAGGACGCAACGCAGCCGGCGCCCCCGCACAACCAGCACCACGCGCCUCACACGCCCCACACGCCGACGACUGCCUCGCUGCUGCAGCUAUCGCAGCCGCUCGGGCAGCAUCCCGGUGCCGUCCUGGCGCACUCGCCACUGCAGCUGUCCCACGCGCUGCCCCAGUCACCCUCCGCCAGCCUGCCGAGCGCCAACGGCGGUGGUGGCGGCAGCAAGCAAUACCUGAGGGAGAUCGUCACCGUGCGGACGCCGCUCGCCUUUUCCCAGCAGGAAAGCUGCGUCUAAAGCUGCGUCACACGGGGAAAGGGGAAAAGGGGGGUUAGGGAAUGAAUGGUAAUGAAGGGAGAACGUGUGUGUGGUGGAAAAAAUGAGAAGAAAAACAAGAGUGAAGUAUAGAAAGAAGGGGCGAGAAUGGAAUGGCUCGAAAGGGCGCUCCACCGACGCUCAACUGCUCAAAUUACACGGUAAACAAGAUGUCCGAUGUUGCAAACUUUUCCAAUGUGUUCGUUUCUCAAAUACUUAUCGUUGGGUGUUGUUUCAGAAAUCUCCCUCCUCCCCCCCCUGCCCAGAUCGGCACGGCGAAAUGAGCCUUAAAAGCCCGAUGAUCAAAUGCGACUUUGCAUACCUUUAGGCGUAGUGUUACUGAACGAGUAGAGACGGUAUGCAAUCGGCACGACGUAUGGUUGCUGCAAACAGAUUUCAAUUUUGCCAAAGAUUUCAUUUAUGGAAAAUUCUAUAAAAAGGAAAAAACAAUAAUUUGCAAAACCCGUAUGCAUUAUACAGUAAUUUAGCAUUUUGUUGAUCUUGCUGCAUAAUUUCACACUAAUACGCCUUAUCUGUUACAAGAUAUUUGGAUUUAAAGUCACUAAUCCCUGGCUAGCAUUGUAUUCUAACCAUGGUCCCCUAGGAAACAUAACUGAACGUCAGGGCUUUCAAGGUGUUAAAGCAUUUGUUUUCGAUUUCCCCACGUACACCGUCUCAUAGUUAGGAGUUCCCAAUAUUCCACCCAGUGUCCGCCAUCAUUUCCUGUACAUCCAUCCUGCCAUCAGCUCCAAAGUUGCUUUAAUUUAAUUAACCAAUCUCCACGCUACUGAUCGAUUGUUAUCAAACCAAAACCGGGGUAGAACGUCUUCCUCCCCCGAAUCGCACACCGCCCGGUCCCGGAUGUGUGUGUGUGUGAGUGUGUACUCCUGCUCGAUUAUUUCCGGCAUGGUCAGCGAGCAUUCCGCAGUACGGAUGCGGUCGCUUCAUAAUUAAUUGACAGCGAUUCAUCAAAUCAAGCGCAGCGAAACCGCAAAACCAAACACUCCAAUGCACCGAUUGGUAUUUGAUGCCGCCAGUGAACCACAAACGUCUUGAGUUUUUUUUCUCUCGUUUAACAGGAACAGUAACCAGGCUACGGGAGAGACGAUGACUUACGUUCCGACACUCCCACCUUACCUCAAUUGUUGGGUGCGAGGGGAUGCGCGCGUUGUGCGGGACGCCCUUAUUUGUAUUGGAAAAGCGCAAUCGACAUGCAAUCAGUUGUGCCAUUUGUAGUUCGCUUUCGGCCGGCGCGAUAAUUCCCGGCCAAUAAUAGUACUGAUUGUCUUGUCUCGAUUGUAACCAGCCGCGGGAAAGGGGAGAGGUGCCAUGGUGGUCAGAGACCAUUUCCAGCGUUUAACUACAAUGGUGUGUGUGUGUUUUCGUGCCGUGUAUGGGUUCGCAUGAUGGCAGCAAACCUAAGAUUAUCAUGUUUCUGCUUAAUGGAAAAUUUAUGUAGAUUUUCCCCCUAGUCGGGCGACCGGUGACACCACCUGCUCCACGCGCCACGGUGUCACUCGGUACCGGUUGGAACCAGUGCGGCUUUGCCAGAGUGGUGAAGUCCCCGGGCUGAUACUGGUUUGGUGCUCGCGUGAUUCUAGUUUCUGCCACCUCAUGCCCUUUAUCCGUUGGUUGUAUUUCGACCGAUAGGGAAGGACUGAAGGUAGGUGAAUGGAAAGUUUCACUUUCUGCUUGCAUGAUUAACGGGUGCAGCGCGCAUUUGGUUCCUCGCAAUGAAAACGCUUCAGACCAAUUGAUUGCGGUGGUAUAAGUUAUCGCAACGCGUAAGAUUUACGUACCGGUCGUCCAUUGGAGAAAAGCUGUUGAAAGGCUCGAGAUUUUAGUUUACGAACCUACAGACAUUUUUAGGAUUCAGAAAGCAAAAGGAAUCAAUUGUUGCCCAAGGCGACUAUUUCGCAUCACAUCUUGCUCCAGCCAGCAAGUGACAGCACAAUGCUCGGCAGCACAGUUCUUCGCGGGUUGUUAGCACAAAGUGUAACAUGACUUACCUGCUUCGGAAACGAUUUCCCAAUUGCAGAUCUAAACUGUUUUGCACACAAAACGAACCACACAAGCAAAAACUGCCCACUCACCAACGCCCCGUACCGCAAAGUCAUCCCAGUCACUGGCAGAGCAGUCGAACUAGCUCCACGAUUGCUAUCGAUAUGGUCGUGUGGUCGUAAUUUAUCAUUUCGCUUUCUUACGCCGACAGCGCAAACCACGUCCCACGGGAGGCCAUAUCAAUGCCUUGAGGCAAGUUUUGUAUUCUGAUAGCCACUGUUCUCUUUCUUUUGAAUAACCGAUGGAGCCCGAUAGAACCCGAUACAGCUUUCGUGGGCUGAAGGUUCAAGCAACACUUCACAACAUGCAAAAGAACACCGCUGAUCAGUUUCAAAAGCUACAGAGUCUAUUCAGAGAAGGCAAAACCUUGCCUUUUCUAUGAGUUUUUUUUAAUUGCCAAAAAACAUACCACCAAUUUGCGAGCAACCGGUGAAACCGGUGAGUCCUUCACUAACUUCGAAUUAAUUGAAAGCAACGCAGCAGCGCUCCGAAACUCGUACCGACACUACACCACUGAGCCGGCCUUUUUUACGGGGCCAACUCGCAUCCCGAAAAACACACAAAUGCACUCUCGUUAGCUGCUUUUGAGUGAGAGUGUUUUUUUUGUUUUGGUUUUUGUUUUUAUUUGGGUUUCAAACCCUUUUAUCCCCACGUCCAAACUCAACAACGCCCAUAAUAUCAUCUUCAUCAUCGCCUACCAUCAUCGCGAGUGGGCUCAAUUCGCGGAAUAAUAAAGGCCCUUCGCUUGCUCACACUGUGCUAUGGAUACAGAUGAAGAAAAAAACUCCUUUAAUGAUGCUUGAACGAUGCAAUAAAAUGGGCAGCAUAACUCGGUUACCCGGCACACGGGAAAAUACGGUCAGGAAAUUAAAAAAAAAUAGACAUAUACACACCCUGGUACGUUACCGCAAAGUUUCGUGAAAAGUACACUAUUUGUUGCUAUUUUCUCGCUGCAUGCAGAAGGCAAAGGUUUUCGCAAUCCGCUGCAAUAACAGCACGAAAAACUUCUCGCAGCAUCAUCCAACUAUUCAGCAUCGUCUAACACACACACGAUACGCACCGAAUUCCCCCUCCGGUGGGACACUCAUAUUUUGCUUCACUUUAUCGACUUCCGCAGAGCUUUCGGGCGAGUAUUAAAAUUAAUAAUUAAUUUAAAUAGCGCGUCCGAAACCGGCACCGGCUACUGGCAGCGGGCACCGGCACCUCUCCGACACCCUGGUGCGUUUGCGUCCACUGUUUUCCCAUUGUGUCGGAAGUGCUCUCUUCAUCAACCUAAAAUGUUAUGCGCUUUUGCUUUUAGCGAGCCCGUGCCACACGUGCCCAAUAUGCGUGAUGUUUAAUGUUGGUGCCGGUGCUGUUUUGUUUUGUUUUACGUUUUUUUUUUUUUGCUUUUAAUUCCCUCCCUUUUGCCGGGUCUCGUUCUCUGCUUGGUAGGGAACAUGUUUUUCGCCUUCUUUUUGCUGCUUCGUGACCGGAGCACCCCUUUUUUCGGGGGCCAUGCAAUUCGUGUUUAUUUAUGCGACACAUCGCAUUAUUCAUUUAAUGCACACACCUUUCGUUUGUUCUUUUUUUGUUUUUGUUUGGGUUUUUUUUGGAACUGUUUGCAAGCGAAACACAAAGCGAGAUAUUUUCUUUUCCGUACUUCCAAUAAAAUCAAAUUAAAUAAACACACCCACACAAAUAAAAGGAUGUGCUGCGCUGGUACUUACCCCGUGGGGGUUAUUUCCCAUUUUCUUUUGUCAUUUAUUACGCUGUAUCGAUCUGGUGGCAGAGAGCGCAACGCAACAUGAAAUCUAAAGCUAUACAAUAAAGCUGGGGAAAGGCAAAGUGAUGCAUCAUACAAACAAACAAAACAACGGGAAGUGAAUGAAGCAAAACCGCAUGGAAAGUAUUUCAAAAUCAAACGAAUUGUAAUGGGAAACGAACAACAAGUAUUAGUCGUGGAGAAAAUUAGCGCAAAUAUCGGGGGAGGGGUAGGGAAAAGAAACGAAGCAUUAGCGUAAGCGUACGUUAAGUAUCACCUCGCUCCAAAAACCUACUGAGUGAGCAAAGAACUGACCUUUAAUUUCUUUAAAUAAUCUAACAAACAAACAAACAAACCACACCAACACAAAGGUGCACAAACUCUCCUCCGGGCAGUGGGUGGAAACCCGAUAUGAUCCGCAAAAGUGUAAACAGUGGAAGUAACCAAAUCAAUUUAUGGAAUAAAAAAGGGAAACCCAAAACGAGCGAAAGCAAAAAAAAAAGAACGAGAUAAAAACAUUUUCACACAAAUCUAAUACUUCAAAAAACAAAAGAGGCAAAAUCAACCUUCGUCAACACGUUGUUAGGAUUAGGGUAAUUGUGUACAUACGAGCAAACGUAACAAUAAUUAUUCUUACCAGAACCGUGCACUAGAAAAUGGGAUAUGGGAUUUACUUUUGCUUUUCCGUUUGUUUUUUGGUUUCGUUUUCGGUUUUUCUACGUGUAGCAUAAGAAAUGGAAAAAUAAAAAAACGAGGGAAUUAUGAAUCGAUCGUACACAUCAAUGUCAUCCAUUUGCUAGGCAUCACUUUAAGCAAACAAACAAAAAACAACAGAGCACAUACACACGAUCGGAUGGCAGCGCAGCUAAGACGGGCGGGCCAUCUGUUUUAGGUUAACAAAACACUCCAACUCACACUAGGGUAGCAUUUAAUCCAAUUAUCUAUACUGUAAAUACGGUGGCAAACGAUCGAACGAUCGAGUUGGCGCGUUCGCACUCCUUAAGAUCCUUAAGGGCUCCUUAAGGGCUGCGCCCUCUGCGGUCGGGUUCCUGGUUUGCAAUCAUUCUUACACCACACACUGUCCGGCAAACGGUAAACGUAAAUGUAACACACAAUCUCAACACAACACUAUCUCGAUCUCGAAACCUGCGUCGGCACGAUACUGUACAUAGUUAUACAUACUAGCGUGUAAGUGCAACCACUCAACAAAGGAAACACUCAACAGCAAACUGUGCAAGAAGGGAAUGUAAAAGUCCUACAAACAGAUGAAGCACAGCUCGGUUGCUGCAAUCUCCGCCAGCCGUAUUACUUGUUUUACUAUUUGAAAUUCUAUAAAACUAACGCACCAGUACUCCAGGGACAGGGGCGCAUUACCUGAGCGAGCAGCUGCCACCUGCUGCAGCGGACGGGUGCGCUGCAUCUAGGGGAAAAAAAACCAAUCGGCGAUAAUGAUAAGUGGUGAAGGAUUCCAGUUUCUUUGAAACUUUUUAAUAAGGAAGUAAAACAAAACAAAAACAACACUAGUUUAAUUUGUACAGAAGAGACGAACGGUCGGGAAGGAGCGUGCGAAAGGAAAUGGGGAAUUAUUAUAGCAGCGGGUGAAGCGACGCUCACACAGCACGCAACGCCUACAGAAACGAUACAGCAAAUUCGUUUUUGGUUUUUUGAAAAAUGGAAAGUCGUACAGCCGUACAGGUGAAUUGUUGACGCUAUGGAUAUUGAGGGAGAAGAAAAUAACAGCAACAACAGAGAAAAACGGUCGGUUUAAAUAAAAACAUUUUUUCUAAAUUGUGAA